AUGGGCAACAAGCCCUCGUCACACGGAUACCUAAAGCCCAGCUACCAAAAACUAAAACCAAUACACACACCGCAGGACAUCUCUGCGCAGCAAGAAGCCAAGGCCACCCCAACUGACCCGGACCUCCUCGACUUCACCAGCCCAGACUGGAUCAAAUGCUCGACGUACAAACUCAACGCGCUAACCUGGACCUCCUUCGCCUGGGCCUCUCCCUCGCAAGCCAGCCAGAAAAUCUGGGGCCACUCGACGCGCGGUCGUCUCUCGCUGCCGCGCAGCAAGCCUUCGCUGCCGACGUCAGCAUAUGUGAAAUCGCACCUGGAAGCCGUAGCGCAGGACUUCAAGCGCGCGUCCGUGAUCCUGCGGCUGCAGGCGCGCGGCGGCUGCGAGAAGCCGUGUGCCGAUUAUCUGGGUGUGACGCCGCUGUUUGGCGAGGUCGUCAUGCUGAUUGUGUAUGCGGCGGAUUUGACGGAGGGCUGUGAGGAACUGGUGGUUUGGGACGAGCAGGAUGAGUGGUACCGCGCUUGCAUUUAUUUUCGCGAUGCGGUGAGGGAGGAUGAUGCGGUUUGGAGGGUGCUUUGUGCCGAGUAUGGGAUUGAUAAGUAUAGGGCGUUGGAGAGGGCGUGGAAUGAUGGGAGUGUGGAGUGGUUGUUGUUGGAUGAGGGGUAUUAG